AUGGAAGAAGAAAACUACGCUCGAGAGGAACAACUUAAAUUCGAAGUGAAAUUGGGAGAAACAAAGCUUCAAAUGCAAGCUAAAAUUCAGGAUGCAAACCCGGGGGGGCAUAACACCUCGAAAACUGAGACGGGGGAAGGCAUGAAAGGUAUGUCAGUGAGAUUACCUAAAAUUAAUAUUGUGCAAUUUGAUGGGUCAUACAUGGAUUGGCCAAGAUUUUGGGGCCAAUUCACAGAGACGGUGGAUAAGUCAAAUAUAGCUGCUAUCAACAAAUUUACAUAUCUGUGUGGGUUUCUGGGACCAAAAGUUAAACGCCGGGUAGAGUCAUUGCCAUUUACUGCGGAGGGAUACAACCGGGCAAAGUCAAUUUUGCAAGAUCAAUAUGGCAAAACUCCGGAGAUUGUCAAAGCCUAUAUUAAAGAGAUCAUGGAUUUGCCACACAUUUCUGGAGCCAACCCAAAGAAAAUAGCAGAAUUCAGUGAGAAAUUGAAUUAUGGUGUUCAAGCCCUUGAGACACUAAAUAAACUGAAGGAUGUUCAAGGAAACGUUUCCAUGACAUUGGAUAAGCUUCCAGCUAUACGGGGUGACUUGGUAAGGGAUGACCCAGACUGGGAAAGCUGGGAUUUUGCAAAACUUGCUGAAGCGAUCAGACAGUGGACCAAGCGAAAUCCUGUUUAUGAAAAGGAGUCGGAUGCAUCAGGGAAAUUUGGGAAGCCUGGUAAAGUCUAUCAAACAAAAGCCACAAGGGUAUGUGUCUACUGCGAAGGCGUAUAUGUGAUGCCAAAGAUCGAGAUGACAAAGCCACUGCUGAACGAAAAGUGUUAACUGCAAGUGGAAGCACAGCUGAAGGAAUUUUCCCUGUUGUGGUAGUCAAGGUGAAUGGAAUAACAUGUCGAGCACUGAUAGACUCUGGCGCUGGUAGCUCAUACAUAUCUGGCAAACUUGCUUCCAUGCUUAAUGUGAAACCGAUCGAGUCAAGAACUUCAAAAAUUGACAUGCUUUUGAUAUCUAGAACCACCAGGCUGGAUAUAUAUGAAGCGAAAGUCGAGUCAGUGGACGGUGAUUAUGCAAUGGAUGUAAAUUUGAUCAAAGUCGAGAAGGGGGAACUACUCACUAUUGACAAUCCUCAUUACGAUAAGUUACAAAGUGAAUUUGAUCACCUUAAACAAGCAAAGUUCAUUGAUGUCGACCAGAAAUCUCAAUUACCUGUUCAUGUUGUGGUGGGAAGUGGUGAGUACGCGCGGAUAAAAACUCGAACAAAUCCUCUAGUGGGAACCGAAGGUCAACCAAUUGCUGAGAAGACAAAACUUGGGUGGUUCGCCAUGAGCCCUGGUGUAGAGCUGAACCACAACACGAUGCUUCUUACUCAAACAUCCCAGAAAGAUUAUGAAGACCUGUGCCGCCUUGAUGUGUUGGGACUUGCAGAUACAGCUGAGCAUGAUCAAUCUAUGGUCUACAGUGAGUUCAAAGAACAAUUGACUAGAUCUCCAUCGGGCUGGUAUGAGACGGGCCUUCCUUGGCGUGGAAACCACCCACCACUACCGUCAAAUGAAAUGGGAAGCAUCCGCCGAUUGCAAUCUUUGGAACGUCGCCUGCAACGAAAGGACUUAAUCGAAGACUACAACACAGUGAUCGAGCAGCAGAAACAACAAGGAAUUGUGGAACCAGCCAAUAACGAAGCGAAGGGAAAAGUAUUCUACCUACCCCAUAAGGAAGUUGUACGAGAGUCGGCACAGUCAACAAAGCUGCGAGUUGUAUAUGAUGCUUCUGCGAAAGCCUCUCCUGUAAGCCCAUCCUUAAACGAAUGUCUUUACGCGGGUCCCCCUCUUCAGAACAAACUUUGGGAGAUACUAGUUAGAGCCCGAAGUUUCCCAGUAGCAAUCACAGGUGACAUGGAGAAAGCAUUUCUCCAGAUCCGUGUAAAAGAGAGUGAAAGAGAUGCGCUGAGAUUUCAUUGGCGAGAAAACCUACUAGCUGAUGUGGAGGUAUUGCGGUUCACCAGAGUAUUGUUUGGUUUGGUAUCAUCGCCAUUCCUGCUUGGCGGAGUUUUGGAAGCGCACUUAAGUUACUGGAAGAGCAAAGCUCCAGAAGCAGUCGACACGCUGAAGAAGAGUCUGUAUGUCGAUGACAUUAUUUCGGGGGGUAACACUGUUGGUGAAGCAAAACAGCGCAAGUCUGAAGCUACUGAUAUAUUGGGUGAUGCAACCUUUUCACUUCAUAAAUGGGCAUCCAAUGCGAACGAACUGGACGGAGAAAGUGACAGCAACGAAGAUCGCGAGGAACAAACAGCGGCAAAACAACAGCUCGGUGUGAAGCCAACAGAAACAAAGAUCCUGGGCGUAAAAUGGGAAAAGGAGAACGAUACACUAAGUGUGCAACUGGGAUCGAACAGCGAGAAUCCUACGAAGCGAAGCAUCCUUAGUCGGUUAGCUAAGAUUUACGACCCAAUAGGAAUUGCCUCACCUCUGUUGUUGCAAGGAAAACAAGUCUACCGAGAAGUAUGUGACCACAAGCUACCAUGGGAUGUAGAAUUGAAAGGAGCGAUUAAAAAGCGGUGGGAGAAAUGGGAAGACAACCUGCCGAGCGAAGUGACUGUGCCAAGACCAAUUGCACCUUUCCAAGAGCCGGUGGAGAAAUUGGAGAUUCAUGGGUUCGGAGAUGCCAGUGGUGAGGGGCUGUGUGCAGCGGUGUACACAGUUGCAAGACAACCAUCUGGUGUUACUAAAGAGUUACUAGCUGCGAAAGCAAGACUUGCGAAGAAAGGACUGACCAUACCAAGGUUAGAACUUGUUGCAUGCCACAUGGUAACCAAUUUGGUCAACAAUACAAGCAGAGCUCUUUGUCAUAUUCCACACGAGAAACACUGCUGGUCAGAUAGCACAGUAGCUUUGUGGUGGAUCACAGGAGAAGGCCAGUAUAAGCAGUUCGUGGAAAACCGAGUAGCAAAGAUUCGAGAUGCUGAAGGAAUCGAGUGGCAUCAUGUACCGACAACAGAGAACCCGGCUGACCUCGGAAGCAGAGGUGGUCAACUCACAAAGCUCUGGUUAAAGGGUCCUACUUGGCUGCCAGAUCGUAGUCAUUGGCCACCGAACCUCGUUGUCAAACCAUCUGCCGAUUCUCAGAGUGAAUCCAAAGCAACGAGAGCGAUUCUCAAUGUAGGUGUGGAACGAGUGGAGUCAGCGAUCCUGGGAGAUAUUCUGAGGAAACACUCAUUGACAAAAACCCUACGAAUUGGUGCAUGGAUAAAGAGAUUCAUCGACAACAGUCGCGUGAACGUAGACAGCAGGCAACGUGGUCCAUUAACAACCGAUGAGAUUGACCAACAACGUCUAUGGUGGAUGAAACAAGUACAAGCAGAGGCGAAAGAAGAUUCAAAAUGUCAAAAUGAUUCUGUUCAGUUAAACCUACAAGCCGAUGCGAACGAGAUUCUGAAGUGCAAAGGACGAGUACAAGGACAACUUCCUAUUUACCUGCCCGGCAAUUCGUUGUUUGCCGUGAAACUUGUGGAAGAAGCUCAUAUAAAGACGCUCCAUGGGGGAGUUAUUUUGACGAUGGCGAAGAUUCGUGAGAACUACUGGAUACCUCGCCUCCGUCGCCUAGUAAAAAAGUCGCGAAAGGGAUGCGCACGAUGCAAGAAGUUUAUGACCAAACCUUAUCAAGCUCCAACACCUGCACCAUUACCAACAACGCGAACGGAAGGGACUACUCCUUAUAAAGUUAUCGGAGUCGAUUUCGCCGGCCCAAUCACAUAUAGAGUUAAGAAAACCCAAGAAGGGAAAGCAUACUUAGUCCUAUUUACAUGUAGUUUGACUCGGGGAGUUUACCUAGAAGUUCUGAAGAGUCUUGAAACAACCCCUUUCCUUCGAAGUCUCAAAAGACUAAUCGCCAGACGAGGUCGACCUUCUCUUAUCUACUCGGACAACGCGAAGACGUUCCAAGCGGCUGCCUCAUGGUUAAACAAGGUGAUGAAAGAUGAGAAAUUCCACAGUGAACUGAGCAAGUAUGAGAUCAAGUGGAGAUUCAAUUUGUCACGUGCGCCCUGGUGGGGCGGACAAUUUGAACGAUUAAUCGGAAUUUUCAAAUGUGCUUUUUACAAGGUUAUCGGCAAAGGACUUUUGACAUUUGAAGAGCUGUCGGAAGUUGUUCUAGAUGUAGAAAUCUGUAUGAAUAACCGGCCACUAAGCUACUUAGAGGAUGAUAUUGAAUUUCCUAUUCUUACACCAAAUUCCUUUGUGCUACAACAGUCGAAUGUUGUGCCAGAGCUAGAAUGUUAUCAUAUUGAGGACGGUGAUCUACGAAAGAGGGCAAGGUACUUGCAAAGCGUAAAGAACCAUUUAUGGAGACGAUGGCAAAGAGAGUACCUGACGAGUUUACGGCAGCGUCAUCAGACCAUCAUCAAGUCAACUGUAGUUGGUCCCAAGGAAGGAGAUAUUGUGUUGGUUAAAGGCGACGAGAAGAACAGAAACAAGUGGAAAAUGGGAAAAGUUACGAAGUUAAUUCGUGGGAAAGAUAACGUUGUCAGAGGAGUUAAGCUUCAAUGCGCUAAAUCGACUAUAGAAAGACCGAUUCAACUGAUAUAUCCUUUGGAACUGGAAUGCGACGUGGGGAAAUGCGAGACGAAAUUGAAUACCAAUGCGAAAAAAUUCAAACCAAAGCGGCGAGCAGCAGUCGUAGCAGAAGCAAAGAAUAAGGAACUGUUUGAACUGGAUGACGAGGACGAAUGACAAUUAACAUUGAGACAUUGGGAUUUUCUAGUAUAACAUGUGACUCCUUGUGAGUCGCAUGGGGGGAGGGUGUUGGAAAUUGACAUUUAUAUAUAAAAAAGUGGAAACACCGUUGUCAUAGGAACUGUGAGACAUGCUCAGGACAUGCUGGGGAGGGGAUUUUUUACAAACAUGGGAAUUUUUGUGAUGUGAGAAAACUGUGAGAUUUUAUAAAUUCAUGUAAUAAAUAUACGUCGAUACAUUUAUUUUGAUAAUAUUCCGUAAUUCCGUUACUAAGAUUCGGAGGCAAAGUUUCGGAAUAAUUCCUUAGAUGUGCGCCCCUGCUCUGAGUAACAUCACAAGCAUCAUAUUCACCUGAGUACAUUACACCAACACAGAAAAAAAUCAUGUUCCUCUAUAUAUGUAGAUGGACAAUAACUUGUGGGAAAUGAGGCAAUUGUUGUAUUGUGGCAAUCACUAAUUUGGGGGUUACUGUACUGUACAUGCAAGAACAUUAGACUGUCAAUAUUUACACUUCUGUACUGAUUCAAUACUGAAUCACUCGAUGAAACUGUUAUUAUUGAUAAACUGUGUAGUUUGCAAAUACCGUGGCGACUAUCUUGAAAUCUCACCAACUUUGUCAUGUUCUGUAUGUUCAUUAUUUAAUAUUGGCUACUUAGGACAACAACAUUGUUCGCGUAAAUAUUCCAAAAAUGUUUUCUACAAUAACAAAAUUAUGUUUUCAACAUUUAGAAACGACAUCUCUUAGAGAGCAGUAACCAGCUGGAACCGAGAGUAAGUAUGAAAGCUAGAAUUAAGUUGAGUAAAUUUGAUAUCUUUUUUUAAAGUAAAAUUUUUAGGGAAUACUGUAAAAAAUUAGUGUUACUAUAAAACACACAAAGGCUUGUCAAGUUCCUGUCCUAAAUAUCAAUCAACAAUUCCUGUAAUGUAACAUAAUAGGUGAUACAAUCUCAUAUUUUAAGCGAAGUACUUCCCGAAUGUUAUGGUUCACAUCUUCCCGAAUGUUAUGGUUCACACUAAGAACUGUCUCUGAUAAAAUUCUUCUCAUGUUUUAAACGAAAUACUUCAUGAAUGUGGCUCACACCCUGCAAUACUCUGUAUAUGAUUUAAGAACAGUCUCUGAUAAAAUUCUUCUCAUGUUUUAAGCGAAGUACUUCAUGAAUGUGGCUCACAUCUUGCAAUACUCUGUAUAUGAAUUAAGAACUGUCUCUGAUAAAAUUCUUCUCAUGUUUUAAGCGAAAUACUUCAUGAAUGUGGCUCACAUCUUGCAAUACUCUGUAUAUGAAUUAAGAACUGUCUCUGAUAAAAUUCUUCUCAUGUUUUAAACGAAAUACUUCAUGAAUGUGGCUCACACCCUGCAAUACUCUGUAUAUGAUUUAAGAACUGUCUCUGAUAAAAUUCUUCUCAUGUUUUAAGCGAAGUACUUCAUGAAUGUGGCUCAUACCCUGCAAUACUCUGUAUAUGAUUUAAGAACUGUCUCUGAUAAAAAAUUUUCUGAUAAAAUUCUUCUCAUGUUUUAAGCGAAAUACUUCGUGAAUGUGGUUCACACCCUGCAAUACUCUGUAUAUGAUUUAAGAACUGUCUCUGAUAAAAUUCUUCUCAUGUUUUAAGCGAAAUACUUCAUGAAUGUGGCUCACACCCUGCAAUACUCUGUAUAUGAUUUAAGAACUGUCUCUGAUAAAAUUCUUCUCAUAUUUUAAACGAAAUACUUCAUGAAUGUGGCUCACACCCUGCAAUACUCUGUAUAUGAUUUAAGAACUGUUUCUGAUAAAAUUCUUCUCAUGUUUUAAACGAAAUACUUCAUGAAUGUGGCUCACACCCUGCAAUACUCUGUAUAUGAUUUAAGAACAGUCUCUGAUAAAAUUCUUCGCAUGUUUUAAGCGAAAUACUUCAUGAAUGUGAUUUACACCCUGCAAUACUCUGUAUAUGAUUUAAGAACUGUCUCUGAUAAAAUUCUUUCUGAUAAAAUUCUUCUCAUGUUUUAAGCGAAGUACUUUAUGAAUGUGGUUCACACCCUGCAAUACUCUGUAUAUGAUUUAAGAACAGUCUCUGAUAAAGUUCUUCGCAUGUUUUAAGCGAAAUACUUUAUGAAUGUGGUUCACACCCUGUAAUACUCUGUAUAUGAUUUAAGAACUGUCUCUGAUAAAAUUCUUCUCAUGUUUAAGCGAAAUACUUCAUGAAUGUGGCUCACACCCUGCAAUACUCUGUAUACGAUUUAAGAACUGUCUCUGAUAAAAUUCUUUUCAUGUUUUAAACGAAAUACUUCAUGAAUGUGGCUCACACCCUGCAAUACUCUGUAUAUGAUUUAAGAACAGUCUCUGAUAAAAUUCUUCUCAUGUUUUAAACGAAAUACUUCAUGAAUGUGGCUCACACCCUGCAAUACUCUGUAUAUGAUUUAAGAACUGUCUCUGAUAAAAUUCUUCUCAUGUUUUAAGCGAAGUACUUCAUGAAUGUGGCUCACACCCUGCAAUACUCUGUAUAUGAUUUAAGAACAGUCUCUGAUAAAGUUCUUCGCAUGUUUUAAGCGAAAUACUUCAUGAAUGUGGUUCACACCCUGGAAUACUCUGUAUAUGAUUUAAGAACAGUCUCUGAUAAAAUUCUUCUCAUGUUUUAAACGAAAUACUUCAUGAAUGUGGCUCACACCCUGCAAUACUCUGUAUAUGAUUUAAGAACUGUCUCUGAUAAAAUUCUUCUCAUGUUUUAAGCGAAAUACUUCAUGAAUGUGGCUCACACCCUGCAAUACUAUGUAUAUGAUUUAAGAACAGUCUCUGAUAAAAUUCUUCUCAUGUUUUAAGCGAAAUACUUCAUGAAUGUGACUCACACCCUGCAAUACUAUGUAUAUGAUUUAAGAACAGUCUCUGAUAAAAUUCUUCGCAUGUUUUAAGCGAAAUACUUCGUGAAUGUGGUUCACACCCUGCAAUACUCUGUAUAUGAUUUAAGAACUGUCUCUGAUAAAAUUCUUCUCAUGUUUUAAACGAAAUACUUCAUGAAUGUGGCUCACACCCUGCAAUACUCUGUAUAUGAUUUAAGAACUGUCUCUGAUAAAAUUCUUUCUGAUAAAAUUCUUCUCAUGUUUUAAGCGAAAUACUUCAUGAAUGUGGUUCACACCCUGCAAUACUCUGUAUAUGAUUUAAGAACUGUCUCUAAUAAAAUUCUUCUCAUGUUUUAAGCGAAGUACUUCAUGAAUGUGGCUCACACCCUGCAAUACUCUGUAUAUGAUUUAAGAACUGUCUCUGAUAAAAUUCUUCUCAUGUUUUAAGCGAAAUACUUCAUGAAUGUGGCUCACACCCUGCAAUACUCUGUAUAUGAUUUAAGAACUGUCUCUGAUAAAAUUCUUCUCAUUUUUUAAACGAAAUACUUCAUGAAUGUGGUUCACACCCUGCAAUACUCUGUAUAUGAAUUAAGAACUGUCUCUGAUAAAAUUCUUUUCAUGUUUUAAACGAAAUACUUCAUGAAUGUGGCUCACACGCCAUCAAAUAACGAUUUCGAUGGCGGUUAGUACUAUUUCCACGUGCUCCUCAUCUUGUGAAAAUUCUACACUUAAAGACGGCGAUAAUGAUCCAAAAAUCUUAAAAUGUUCUUUGUUAUCAUUAGCUGGAAGCGAUUUGGAAGGCGACUUAGAAUCAUUAAAAAGGUUUGUUGAAACCGAAUUACAGAAGAUGGUCAACACCGCGAGGCGAAAAUUUUAAAUUCAGUAAUCCUGAAUUUUCGUUGAAAUGGGAUGGAACAACCGACAAAAAGAUUACUGUUAUGCAAGAUAACGACGAAAAUCAAUUGUAUACCACUUUGAGAAGCUAUGCCACUCUUACGAAGUCCACAGUUGACGAAAAUCGACAAGAAGAAACCGAGCAUAUGGCCACGGCGAGUUACGAAUACGAUACAAAGGCUGACAAAACAACAACAACCGAAUCGGACGAGAAAAAAAACACGCUUCAUAUGUCUUCCUUGUAUAUGUUGCAUUGUUCACAAGGCUUGUGAACAAUGCAACAUAUACAAGGAAGACAUAACUAAACUCUUAGCUGUGGUAACUGAGAUCCAAAACAAACAAGACGUGGAAUGCCAAAUUACAGCUGAAACCGAUGCGAAGAUAAAAGUCCUUCUCGAUCAAAAUAACAAGAUGGCGGCGGAAUUAGCAUCGCUUAAGACCACCGUUGAAGAAAUUACAGAUGAAAACAAAGUGAUAAGAUGUGUUCUUGACUUAAAACAACACGAAUGGACAAAAGUUGAGACAACCACGGGAAAGAGUAAAGGCCAUGUUACACUGUGCAAUUUUUCUUGCAACUUGCCAUGCAAUUCUACUCUUGAGAGAUGUAAAAUUGCCAAAUACGAGUCUUCAUUACACUCCGCUGAUGUUUUCUCAACAUAUCGAAAAUUCUUCACUGAUUUCACUAAUUAACAUCUCUCAAGAGUAGAAUUGCAUUGCAAGUUGCAAGAAAAAUUGCACCGUGUAACAUGGCCUUAAAGAAACCGAACAGUCCGAAGCCGACAAAAUUUCAGUCGAAAGUCCAAACCGCUAUCAAGCCCUUCAUGUAGAAGAUCUUGCCCAUGAUGACACCUCGAACGCCGACAAUCAAAUCUCCGAUUACCGAAAGAAACAAAGUUCUAAAUUUCAAAACUUGAAAAAAAAACAAGCAUCAAAAUUCUGAUUAAGCCAAAAAGAAAACAGCUCAGAAUACGAUUGAAGAAAGAAAUGUUCUUCUGAUAGGUGACUCAAUGGUCAAAAAUAUUGACUACAAGAAGCUAGAAAGAGCUGCCAGAAAGAAGACAGUUUGCCACUCGUACAGCGGAGCAAAAGUGGGGGCAAAUUAAAGAGAAGAUUGAGGAAUAUUGGAGCGAAAAUCACCAGUAUGAGCAAAUAAUCCUACAUGUUGGUACCAAUGACCUGGUACACAAGCAACCAGAGAAAGUCGCUGAAGAGAUGGAGACCCUAAUUGACAGAGUCAAAGCCCAUACGAAGAAAGUUGCCGUCUCCAGUGUUGUAAAGAGGUAUGAUAACAAAGUUUAAUGCCAGCAACAUUUCUCGUUACAACAACCUACUACAUGAUUUAUGCAUUAAGCAUAAGAUUGCAUUAAUUAAUAAUGAUUGUAUUGAGCAACCGCUGUUAAAUCGAUCAAAUCUCCACUUAAAUAAAAGUGGAGAUAGAGCAUUAGGAAGUGCAUUCUGCACCUACCUGAAGCAGAGCAGAACAAUUAGUAACACUUCAAAUAAUGACAAUGAGCAGUUUUUUCAGUUAACUCAUGCCUCUCGGAGAACAGAUUGGACAAUGUAUCUGAGAUAUGUAUACCAACAGUUACACCAGUAAUUUGUAGUAAUGCGGAACGAAAAAAUGUGAGUAGCAAUUUUUCAACAACCCUUAACUCAAUUCCCAAUGAAAGAGGUUUUAAAAUGGCCUUUUUAAAUAUUGUUAGUCUGCCUAAAAAAAUAGAUGAAAUUCGGCACUCAAUGUCUAACAAAAAUAUCGAUCUCAUUGCAUUUAAUGAGACACGGCUUGAUUCGAGUUUUACUGAUGACUUUAUUAAUUUAGAUAACUAUGACAUAAUUAGAAAAGACAGAUCGCGAAACGGAGGUGGUGUCUGCAUAUAUUUACGUAGCUCUAUCAAUUACAAAAUUCGAUCUGACCUUAUUUCAUCUGAUUUAGAGGCUGUUUGUGUAGAAAUUACUAAACCACACAGUCGUCCAUUUAUUGUUACAACUGUUUACAGACCUCCCAAUGCAUCAUCAGAUUUCUUUGACCAUUUUGAAAAGCUGAUCAAACAAAUCGAUGAUGAGGAUAAAGAAAUGUAUUUGAUGGGUGAUCUAAAUUGUGACAUGUUAAAAAAGGAAAAGCUUUCUAAUAACAUGCCAACAAAAAAACUAAACUCAAUAUAUGAGUUAUACCAAUUAUAAUUAAUUGAUGAAGCUACCCGAAUUACUAUGACAACAUCUAGCCUUAUUGACCAUAUUACUACCAAUACCACUGAAAAAAUUUCCCAUUGUGGUGUUAUUCACACCGGAAUCAGCGAUCACAGUUUAGUAUUUGCAAUCAGAAAAAUCCGAGUUAUGCAAAGAAAUGAAAAAAACUGUGUUGAAAUAAGAAAUAUGAAAAAUUUUGAUGAAAAAAAGUUCAUAGAUGAACUUUUAGAUCAGCAUUGGGAUUAUGUCUAUUUUUUUGGCGAUGAUCCGAAUGCUAUGUGGGAAAUUUGGAAGGAACUUUUUCUUGAAGUAUUAGAUAAGCAUGCACCACUCCAACAAAAAAAGGUUAGAUCUAACAAGGUUCCUUGGAUCACAAGUGAAAUUAAAAACCUUAUUAAUAAAAGAGACAAAUUAAAAAGAAAAGCAAUUAUAAGUAAAUCAGAAAUAGAUUGGAUAAAUUACAAAACAUCUAGAAAUCAGGUUAAUAUUGAAUUAAGAAAUGCCAAACAAACCUAUUAUUCCAUGAAAAUUGCAGGUCAAAAAUGUAAUCCAAAAAAGCCUGGAAAUCAAUAAACAACCUACUAGGCAAACAAACCAAACAGACAGUUGUGAACGAAUUAAAUAUGGGUGAAAGUACUUUAAACAAUCCGCAGGAUAUUGCGGAAGGCUUCAAUGAAUAUUUUUCAAAUAUUGGGCCUGAUUUAGCAAGUAAAAUUGAUACGUCCAGUUGCAAUUUUAAGGCAUAUGUCAAAAAAGCUACAUCAGAAUUUGCUGCAUUCCAACCUACAACUGUAAAUGACAUCGUUCAUUUAUUAUGUGGAUUAUCAACCAAUAAAGCGACCGGCAUUGAUAAGAUUUCGUGUAAAAUUAUUAAAAUAGCUGCACCUGCCAUUUCAGAUUCACUGACAUUUAUUUUUAAUCAGGCUAUUACUUUAUCUUCUUUUCCUGAUGAAUGGAAAAUGGCUAGAGUAACACCUCUUUAUAAAAAUGGCCAACGAAAUAUUCCAGGAAACUACAGGCCAAUUUCAGUUUUACCAGCAAUAAGCAAAAUCAUGGAAAGAAUUCUGUAUAACCAACUAUACAAUUAUUUAACCAAAUUUGGAUUAUUAAGUAAUUCACAAUUUGGUUUCCGGAAAUCUCACUCAACAGCCACAGCAUUACUAGACUGCACAAACGAGUGGUAUGUAAAUUUAGAUAGAAAACUAUUUAACUUAAUAGUUUUUAUUGAUUUAAAAAAAGCAUUUGACACUGUUGAUCACAAUAUUCUACUAGAAAAGUUGGAGUUUUAUGGAAUAAAAGGACAAGUUCUUUCUUCCCUAAAAUCCUAUCUCACAAAUCGUAGCCAGAAGUGCAAAAUAAAUGGAUUUGUUUCAUCGGAGCGCUUAAUUAGAUGUGGUGUACCACAAGGUUCUAUUUUAGGACCAUUAUUGUUUUUAUUAUACAUCAAUGACUUACCCGAGUGCCUUGAUAAUACAAGACCUCGCCUAUUUGCUAAUGAUACAAGUCUCACAGCUUCUGGAGACUCAAUGACCGAUGUUGAAAUUGCAGUAAAUUCUGAUCUAGAAAAUCUUAGAAACUGGUUGAUGGCCAAUAAACUUAGCUUGAAUGUAGCUAAAACUAAAUUCAUGUUGAUUGGCUCAAAACGAAUGAUAAAAAAUUUUCACCCAAAUAUUAUUAUUGAAAACAAACAAAUUAAACAAGUUUAUGAAUGCAAAACUCUUGGAAUAAUAGUUGACCAGCAUUUAUCUUGGAAAAGUAAUACUGAAAAUAUUUGCAAGAAAAUAACAUCCGGAAUCUCUGCUCUCCGUCGUGUUAAACCUUUUGUUAAUAGAGAUACACUUAUCUCAAUAUAUAAUGCUAUUGUUCGUCCACAUUUCGAUUAUUGUUGUGAAGUGUGGGAUGUGUUUGGUGAAACACAGUCAAAACGACUUCAGAAACUUCAAAAUAGAGCUGCUCGAAUUAUCAUGAGUAUGAGCAACGAUAUAGAUCACACUAUUCACCUAUAAAAGUGGGAUGACAAAUUACAAACUUCGGGACAUUUCCAGUGGUCUUUGUUUACCACAACCUCGAACAAAUAAAAUGAAAAAUAGUUUCAUGUAUAACGGAGCUCACUUAUGUAACUCUAUUCCAAAUGAAAUUAGGGAAAGCUUUGAAAAUAAAAAGUUUUGAAAAUAAAAUUGCUACUCACAUUCUUUAACUAAAAACAAGAUCCUAAGAAACUGAAAACCUAAAAUACUUGUAAAUAUAUAUAUGACUUACUUAUAGUUUAUAUAACUUAGUUGAUAUUAUAGAUUGUAAAUAGCUUUAAAUACCUUAUACUAUAUUUGUAAUUCCUUUUUACACGCCCCCUGUGGAAAUCAGCCUCGGUUGACAGGGUUAGCGUGGAUAAAUAAAGUUUUUCUACCUAUCUAUCUACACCCUGCAAUACUCUGUAUAUGAUUUAAGAACUGUUUCUGAUAAAAUUCUUCUCAUGUUUUAAUCGAAGUACUUCAUGAAUGUGGCUCAUACCCUGCAAUACUCUGUAUAUGAUUUAAGAACUGUCUCUGAUAAAAUUCUUUCUGAUAAAAUUCUUCUCAUGUUUUAAGCGAAAUACUUCGUGAAUGUGGUUCACACCCUGCAAUACUCUGUAUAUGAUUUAAGAACUGUCUCUGAUAAAAUUCUUCUCAUGUUUUAAGCGAAAUACUUCAUGAAUGUGGCUCACACCCUGCAAUACUCUGUAUAUGAUUUAAGAACUGUCUCUGAUAAAAUUCUUCUCAUGUUUUAAACGAAAUACUUCAUGAAUGUGGCUCACACCCUGCAAUACUCUGUAUAUGAUUUAAGAACAGUCUCUGAUAAAAUUCUUCUCAUGUUUUAAACGAAAUACUUCAUGAAUGUGGCUCACACCCUGCAAUACUCUGUAUAUGAAUUAAGAACUGUCUCUGAUAAAAUUCUUCUCAUGUUUUAAACGAAAUACUUCAUGAAUGUGGCUCACACCCUGCAAUACUCUGUAUAUGAUUUAAGAACUGUCUCUGAUAAAAUUCUUCUCAUGUUUUAAGCGAAGUACUUCAUGAAUGUGGCUCACACCCUGCAAUACUCUGUAUAUGAUUUAAGAACAGUCUCUGAUAAAAUUCUUCUCAUGUUUUAAGCGAAAUACUUCUUGAAUGUGGUUCACACCCUGGAAUACUCUGUAUAUGAUUUAAGAACUGUCUCUGAUAAAAUUCUUCUCAUGUUUUAAGCGAAGUGCUCUAGAAGAUGAUUUAGAUGAUUUGGAAUCUGAAGAGGAUGAGGAAGACGAAGAAGAAGAGAAGGUACUGUUUUGCUCAUUUGAUUGA